AUGCAAAGUUUGGAGGGCUGGCACCAACCUGGUGCCCCACCAGUUGUGCAACUAUCUGCCGGCUUCUUCAGCACGCCAGGCUGCACUCUGAGACAAGACGGGCGAUCUAGCGCUAUUUUAGCCGCCCUGAGCACAAUGAAUGGCACAGCAGUUCUAGGAAACGAGUUUUCUGUCUUCAUUGGUCCACCGGUGACAGGCGACUGUGGCCUUGUGUCUGAUUGGAUAUCCCUGGGUGACCAGAGUGAUUCGCAAGACCUUGGCCUCUAUGAAAUCAGCUUUGUAUGUCGUAGGAACACUAGGGCUGAGGCCCUUGCCACCGUAGUCGACGGUGAUGACCGAAAACCCUUCGGAGCCUAUAUGAACUCCUUUAGCACGGCGUUGAAUACGAGAAAGUAUGUGAAGGCUUUGAUGGCUUUAUUCGACAGAUAUCUCCGCAAGUACGUUGUUAUGUUUUAUGAACUCAAAUCCGAUAAAACGGACAAUGAAUUUUUCGCCAAUGAGUUGUCAGUCUUAUUGGCCAAUGCUAUUUUACUGCAUACGCGGCCAGCGUUGGCGAAAGUGUUCUUGCUAGAAACGCGCAAUGUUACUGCCAUCAAACAAGGCAAAAUUGCCAUCAUCAUCAUCGAGCCCACGGACAUGCUGACCUAUGAUAUCCUGCGACUCUGGCGAAAUGAACUGGAAAGCAAUUUAGCCAGCAAUCUGGCCAGGAUUGUCUACGUCAGUGUGGUGGCCGAAUCACGAAAGUCUGGAAAGUCGGUUGAACCCGAAACCUUCGACAAGGUUUCCAUCUACUUAAGCGAUAUUGUCCGAUUCACGACCAUCUCAGCUCUCUCAGCUCCACUGCAAGUG